CCUCAAUUGACUGGUUUACCAGUUUUAGGUUUAGAAACCGUUUUUAUAAAAAAAAGUUAGACGCUCCGUCAGAAAUAUUUUUGGUUGGGAAAGAUUCCUGUUUGCGAAACAAACAUUUCACGGAGGUAUUGGAGAUAGUAAGACAUCCAAGCUGCAGUCAUGAGUGAGCAGCUCAAGUUCAUAGUUCAGGAGUUGAACAAGGAACCCUUCAGCAAGAGUUACAACCUCAUCAGCUUUGAUUCCCUUGAACCCCUGCAGCUCUUGCAAGUUCUCAAUGAUGUACUUGGAGUCAUUGAUCCAAAACAAGCAAUUGAUAUCAGGGAGGAGACACCGGAUAUGACGGCCAUCAGAAUAUUUGGAUGUUUGAGGGUACUAAAGUAUAAACCACAAACUGAUGAUGUGAGUACAUUUAGGACGGGCUUAGUGCAGGGAGAUAAGCCCAUCACUUACCACAUCAUGGAAUGGAUGCUGAAGAAUAUUCCAGGACUGCAGAAACGAGCCUACCUGGCCAAGUUUCUUGUGAAAGUUGAAGUUCCGGCUGAUAUAAAACAGGAUGAUCAGAUGGUGGACCUUUAUCAGCAGUAUGAAGAAUUGAUAGAGACUUUCAAGGAACUUCACAAGCAGGCGGAGAACCUGAAGAACUCUGGGUACAACACAGGGGAGAUAAGAAAAGAUAUAUCCAAUAUGGAGGACGAGAAAGAACAGCUUAUCAAACGUGUUGAACGAUUGAAGAGAAAGGUUGAGCAACAUCCUAAUGCUAAUACGAUGAUGAAUGUGGCCAAAAAUCUGAGAUUGGAAAGAGAUAAAGAAAAGAAAUUGGCCGAGCAGAGACAGGAGCAGUUAACUCUGAUUCAGCACUCGGAACAGAAGAUGAAGCGUCUGCAGCAACAGUUACAUGACCAUAGACAGGCUAGUGUAGGAGCUACUGCCGAAGGUCUGUUACAAAGACUUGAGGAGGAGAGUCGAGCUAACAGUUAUAUUGUGAAGGAGAGAUUGCCUAAAGAUAUAGAGUCAAAGAAGAAGAGUGUUGCAGACCUACAGAAGGUUGUUGCUGAACCGGCCAUGGGUCAGGCUGACCUUGAGGAACUCCACAAUAAGAUCCAGGACUUGAACACAGAGAUUAAUCAGCUGGUGGAGAAGAGAAUGAGGAGUGGAGAACCAAUGGAUGAUAAACUCUCACUGUUUAGACAGCAGGCUGCUAUUAUUGCUCACAAGAAGGAGAAUGCAGCUGAGCAGCUUAGGGAGGCGAGGGACGAAUACUCCAGACUAAUGCACGAAGUUGACGAGAAACGUGAGCUGGCAAAACAAGCUUCUGGAGGGGGUGAAGUCCUUAAAGGCGAUGAGUUCAAGCGCUAUGUGAAUAAGUUACGUAGCAAGAGUACAAUAUACAAGAAGAAGCGUUCUGAGUUGGCCGAACUGAAGGCAGAGGUCGGUGUGCUCUCCAGGACAGAAGAAAUUCUGAGACAGAGAGAUGAAAAUAUUGACCAACAAUUGUCUGCCUUGGAAAGUAAACACGGUGUUGGUGGAUACAGGCAGACUCAGGAAGACCUGGAAAAAGUCUCCUCCAAGAAGAGUACUAUGGAUCACAAAAAGGGCCAGACACUUGAAGAGAUCUCUGAUAUGGUGAAGGUUCUCAACAAGAAAAUAGCUGAGAAGAAAGGAAAUCUGGCGCCUAUAAUAAAGGAGCUACGGCCAUUGAGACAACAGGCACAGGAGCUAACUCAGGAAUACAAUGAGAAGAAACAUACAUAUGAUACAGCGUCGGCAGGUUUAGAGGCAAAUAUGGCAAAACUGGAACAGGAGGUACGAGGAUUACACGAGGAGAAUACACAGGAAGAAUCUCGGUAUCAUUAUCUGCACUGCAUGAUGGGAAUCCUGGAAAAACAAGAAAAACGUGUACAAGAGGAAAUGAAAUCUUACACUGCUCAUGAUAUAUCAGCCAGGAAGAAAAAUUACAGGGAAAUGUAUGUAAGAAAAAUACAAGAACAAGAAAAUUUAGCCAAGGGUUUACGUGAACAGCAGAAAGGAGUCAGAGAGAACCAACAGGGGGCGUUGCAGCAGAUGAAAAUGUGGCGGGAUAUUGAACGUAUUAUGGAAGUUAAACGUAUGUGCCUAGAACGUCAGGCAGGGCGUGGAGGACAGGGAGGAAUGGGGUACAGCUAUAUGGAACAGCCCCCGGCUAUGUUAGAAGAUGAUAGACUUGUACUGUAGAACUACUGGACGUUAAAAGUGUUCUGUAUCUAUUUCAAGAAAAUUAUUUAUUUUCACUCGAAUUACUUCCCUUGUCAUUUUAAAGCAGGCAUAUUUUCUUCCCGGCUAUGUUAGAAGAUGACAGACUUGUACUGUAGAGCUACUGGAUGUUAAAAGUGUUCUGUAUUUAUUUUAAGAGAAUUAUUAUAAUUAAUUUUCACUCGAAUUACUUCCCUUGUCAUUUUAAAGCAGGCAUAUUUUCUUCCCGGCUAUGUUAGAAGAUGAUAGACUUGUACUGUAGAGCUACUGGAUGUUAAAAGUGUUCUGUAUUUAUUUUAAGAGAAUUAUUAUAAUUAAUUUUCACUGGAGUUACUUCCCUUGUCAUUUUACAGCAGGAAUAUUUUUACUUGCUAUUUUUUGGAAAGAUUGUAUUUUGAAAAAAAAAAUGAUUUACUUAUGAACUGUCAGAACUAACUAGAACGGACAUGAUUGACUUAUAAGCGUUAAAUAGAUGAUACAAUGAAGAAAAAAUUAAAGUUGAUUAUAACUAAAUAAUUUUUCAUUUGUUUCCUGCUAAGAGUGUUUGUUACUUAUACUUACUUUUCUUUUAAAAACUAUAUCUUUUUCUUCAAAAUAUGACACUGAAUAUUGCUGAAAGCACAGAUAUUUAAGAAAUUACAUUAUGUUUGUAGCUUUGCACAGUCAGAGACCACAAAAAGUAUUGUGACUAUAGGUUAAGCUUCCUUUACAAAAUAAGGUCAUUUCUAGUUGUGGUUGAGAGUUGUGACCAAAUUGAAAAAUUCAGAUAUGUUUGAUAAAAAACAAAACAAAAUUGAAGUUUUUCCCUUAUCUGUGAUAUUACCUGUUACGAUUUACAUCAGAUACUUUCAUCUGAUGUUUUGUCACUGAUCAGUAAAUUUCAAAAUUAUGCCUGUAUUUGUAUGAAAUAACAGCUCGCUGAGAAUGAAAAAGAAAGUUGGACUUUUACUGUCUGUAGAGGGGUUGUUUUACUGUUACGUUCAAGUUUAGUUUAGGUAAUUUAGAAGAAAAUGCUCAUAAAUAAAAAAAAAUUAAAAAAACAACUAAUUCUGGUUACAUCAUAUCACCCUCUUGACAAAUGAUAUUUGUAAGAAGUAUGUAACUUGUCAGUGUGUCAGUGAAGGGAAAUAUUUUAUUUUAUGUAAAAAUAACUGUAGUUUGUUUAUUUAUUGAUUUCAUUACUGAUAACAAGUCACUACUGCAUUCUUGUGGUUUUAUCAUGUGACCUGUUUAUGUUAUCAUUCUGUGAAAAGUAAAUAUUGAAAUUUUAAAUGCAUUUGCUUUUGUGGUAAGUAGAAGAUAAAUGAGCCGUGCCAUGAGAAAACCAACAUAGUGGGUUUGCGACCAGCAUGGAUCUAGACCAGCCUGCGCAUCCGCGCAGUCUGGUCAGGAUCCAUGCUGUUCGCUAAUAGUUUCUCCAAUUCCAAUAGGCUUUAAAAGCGAACAGCAUGGAUCCUGACCAGACUGCGCGGAUGCGCAGGCUGGUCUGGAUCCAUGCUGGUCGCAAAGCCACUAUGUUGGUUUUCUCAUGGCAUGGCUCAAAUGUCAGUGUAAGUAAAUUAAUACAGAUAUAUUUAGCCAAAAUUUCCAGAUUGUUCUCAAGGGAUGUAGGAGAAAAUUCCCCCCACCCCCACUCCCACCACCACCUCCACCACCAACAACAACAACCCCAGCUCUAUUUGACAAAGGCGGACAAGGUUCCCCCAGACCACAACCACUUUGAUCUUGUUGAAUGAAAAACAAAUAACAGAUUAGAAAAUGUGACUGAAUUUUCAGUGUAACGUAAAUCUGGUCAGUGAUCACCAUUUUAUGUUAUUACCUCCCCUUAUCCUUGUCAGUACCAACAUUGAAAGUAGGAAGAAUGGCAUGUAGCUUUAAAAACAUUUAACUGCACAUGUGUCCAUGGAGAUUACACGUGUUUGCCAAAACACUAAAAGAAGACUACCCACAACCAAAUUGUUUUUCGUUAAUUUUUACUCAUUUUAGUAGAUUAUAUUACAAAGACAUUAAGAAUAUGAAAUUAAAGAGAUGUAAAUAAAACUGGAUCUGCAUUUGAUUAACCUUUAGCCUGCUGGCGGCAAGUAAUUAUGCCUUUGCGACCAGUGCAGACCACAUCUGUGCAGGCUGAUCUUGGUCAGCGCUGUUCGCUAUUCAGUCAGUAAAUUUUCAGAGAACACCCCUUUGAAAAAUAAAUGGUAUUGCCCAAACUGAAUGAUAGACCAGUCCAUUUUAGAAAUUUAGCAGAGUAAAGGUUUAAGGUUACCUUGAGUAGUGUAAAUCAUAUUAAUUCAAAACAUGAGGAAAAAGUCCCCACCAAUCUGUUUCAUCCUGUUCUACUUGAUUGAAAGUUUGACAGAUGAAAAAGUCUGUGUCAUUGACAGCUUGUAAUGUAAUUGAUUCAUCACUGAUACAUUACCUUACAUUACAUUGCUUAAAUAGUAAUAAACAUUAAAAACUUUCAAUCAGAUAACCUACAAGUAACCUGACAUGUGAAAAAAUGAUUUAAUUAAGGAUCUUGGAAGAUCACACCCAAAGAAGGAAAUAAAAUUUAUUAAGUUUGAUUUACCUGUUCAAUCGAAAUUCAGUGCUACACGGAUACAGGACAAAUAAAAAACUAGACAGUAUGAAACUACAACCUGAGUCUAUCUAGGGGUGGAUUCUGGGCAAUUUUAAGGGUUGGAUGUGUGUUUGGUGGGUCCAAAAAUUCCCCGCUGGAACCAAAUCCUCCCCAUUCCCCUUUGAAUCGCCUCUGUUAUCUGUGUUUGUUUCAGAGUUCAGUCCCCUUUGAGACUUGUGUUCUACUCGUGCUAUUCCGUUAAAAGCUUUUUGAGUAUUUCUGAAGUGUUUAUCUCUUCUUCACGGUAUCUUUUCCAAGGGGAAACAAGUUCUAGAUCACUUUUAGAUGAACCCUACAUGGUUUAGUGUUAAAAGUUGCCUUUAACUAAAUGAAAACAGAAAAUAGGAUGUACUUUUUUCAUUGUUUUGCUGUACUUCAAUGCAUUGUUAUAUUUUUUGAUGUUUCAAGAAACUUGGAUGAAAUUUACAAUGAACAAUUUAUUUUCAGUUUAUCUGUAUUCAUAAAUCUUCAGAAUUAAGUCCAUUUUUAGGUGCAGGUUUCCGUGAUUUUUUGCUAAAGACCCAUUUUACAUAUACCCUGAAUUGAAGCAGAAUGAAAAAAAUUAGAAUGCAUUAUGAUCAUUGGGCAAUUUUACAUAAUGCUGAAACUGUACUGGAAUUUAAAACAAAACCGAAUAGAAAACUUACACAAAUUGAAAAUCGUACUUUGGUAACAGAAUGCAGUCUCAACAUGUAAAAAGGUCAUGUUUUUCCCAUAUCUUGGUUAACUUACGUGUUUUUGCCCAGAGAAUUGGAUCAAAAUACAGUGUAAACAUGAAAACCCUAGCGGAUUCUGAAACAAAAAAAAUAUAUCAAAUCGGUUCAUUAAGGUUCAGUGUACGUGUGAAAUGGCCUUAAUAAUGAAUGAAGUCCUGGCUCGUGUAUUAUGUGUAAAUUUUUUGAUUUAGAAAAUGUGUCCAUUUUCUUGUACUUAACAAUAUGUGUAUUGUUCUAUUUAUUCAAGGAACUAUUAAAUACAUAGGUAUUAGUUCUUUGGCUUAUUGUGUUAUGCUAUGGAGUUUACAUAGAUGGUUAUUGUUAUAGAAUGACUGUAUACAUUACAUUCCGUCCACAGAAUUGUCACUUACACAAUCAUAUCAUUGAUACAUAUUAUUUAUAUAUCAAAUUUGUUACUGCUAUAUUGAUAGAAUACUUGAUAAACAGUGAAUUCUAACACGAUCCGAUUCAUUUAUUCAACGACAAUAUAUUAUUUCUUAAACAACCUUCACUUGAGCGUAGAUACAUGUAUAUGACUACUGUAAAAGCAGAAAUUUUCGCGAGGGUUUAAUUUUCACUAUAUUUGCGAGGCCCUACAUCCCACGAAAAUAAAUCUGUGCAUAAAUAUUCACCAUUAGCAUAAUUCCAUUUCAAGUAUGAUACCAAUUCUACAAUUUAGCGAAUAUUAAACCAUGUGAUAUCAAAUUCACAAAAUUUUGACCCAGCGAAAAUAUGUGCUUUUACAGUACCAAAUGAGCCGUGCCAUGGGAAAACCAACGCGCAGUCUGGUCAGGAUCCAUGCUGUUCGCUUUCAAAGCCUAUUGCAAUUAGAGAACCUGUUAGCGAACAGCAUGGAUCCUGACCAGACUGCGCGGAUGCGCAGGCUGGUCUGGAUCCAUGCUGGUCGCAAACCCACUAUGUUGGUUUCCCAUGGCACGGCCCAAAUGUUUUUUAAAUACAUUUGGAACUUGGAAUCCCGAAUUCCAAGAAAUUUAGAAUUUUACUUCGAGAUAGUUGAAAUGGAUAUUUUACAGAAGUGAAGAUCGAUUUAAGAGAAACAACCUGGAAGAUGAACUUAUAAAAAAAACCCAGAAGAUUUUGUUUUUGAAGUUUUAUGUUAUCUAAAUUUCUAAAUUUAGAAGUAGGUGGAAAUAUGAUUUUUAUAUAUAUAUAUAUACCUGUCAUGUUCACUGAUUUCUUUCAAAGAUCUGCUCUUUUAUUGAUACAAUAAAAAUAAAACUUUACAAAAUACAA